AGAAGUUUUUUGAUACCUAAUCCUUCACGUGCACGAUAGGAGGCUACAGCACAGAUUAUGUAAUGUUACAAAGUAAACUCUAAACCCCGUCUAUGCAAUUAGUUCGUGCUUGUUGCAGGAAGUUCAUGCUUCGUUUUCGUUAAGUGUUUCACAAGCUUGUAUCACGUUUGGAUUGCAUGUUCGUCUUUGAAAUGGCGCGUCGUUUAUGCUCACCUGGCGUUACUUCUGCCGUUUUCCUUGCUAUUUGCGUUGUCUCAGUGAAGGGCAUUCCACUUCCAGGCGAUCGCCCUCCAACUGAUGCAGGCGACGUAAAUAAUCGCAUUUCAACUGUCGUUGACGACAUCAUGGGUCGUAUCCUCGAAGUCGGGAACGACCUGCCGUUUCCAUCUAAUGAUUCCUUCAACCAUCAUAUGGCAUGUCGUUCGUGCAAGCAGCUUCUCGUCGAUGUCCGCUUCGCACUCCUCAUUGAAAAGAGUACGAUUACAACAUAUUUCAAGGAUCCAUGUAACACGAUCUUUACCGACAACUUAGAUCAGCAUAAAUGCAUCCUUAUUAUUGAGAAAAGAAUAGGCAGGAUAUACCGACACGUUUUUCAAACUCUGGAUCAAAUACGCAUCUGUCGAAACUAUCUUCACUUGUGCCCUGACGGAGAGGAUGAAUAUGCUGUAACGGGGGACGAAAUACGAAAUGACGUACCGGAAUAAACACAAUGGACCGUAAUGCCCGUUGCACUCGAGGCGUCAAUUUUUUUGCAGACGCAAGACUGCGCCAGCGACUGACGCAGUCAUUGACGCACUAUAUUAGAGUGGCAUCGUACGCAUAUUGAUUGGAAAACGAUCAGUGCAAACAUUGCGUUCAAUUAUUGGCAUAUGGGCUAAUUGUCUGCACAUACUCAAUUAGCGCAAGUGAUAUCGCAUUCUAAAAUGAUGCCUAGUGGAUGAGCAACGGAAAUAUAAAAGGAGACCGAAUCGGUUUAUUUUUCAUGUUAUACGGAAUUUUGUGAAACUCACUGUGUAUAAUGUAAAAUAUAUUAUGAAGAUUGUGGUUCUAUCCAUUUUUAGCUCAUUCAUGCAGUGAAAUGUACUUUACCUUUACCUUUAUCAGCUGUUUUCAAUCCACUGCAAGAUGAAGGCCUCAGCAUGAUGUUUCCAAAUGCCUCUGUUCAGCGCCUGUUGGUGCCAAUUUGUCUGUCCCCAGAACUGUUGCAGCU